GUGAACACAUCUGGUUUCCAUGGUUACAUGUUUUGUCAGCCUAAGCAUGAUUAUCAUUCACAAUGUGUGUUAUGCAGGCUGACCAACAGGUUAUACAACAUCACGUGUAAAGCUAUGUAUGUGUUUAUGGGGAAGCCUGGCAGUGAGCAGUAGACUUAGAUAAAGAGAGGUGUGAAAUCCAAAACUGCACUUUUCUCUCUGAUAUAUGAUAACGUAACAUUAAGAAAGGUAUUAGUGGGGGGUGAAGUGACAUUCGGAGGGAAGGAAUGUCGCAAGAAGCAAAUCCCAAGCCUAAAUGUCCAACUCGGCCACCAGCUCCUGACCCCUCAAGGCUACGAAGAUUACGGCUUGCCAGGCUCGCCCACGCAGAAGCAGUACCAGCUAAAACAUGUAAUCAAUCACUGGAGACUCAAAACAUCCCUACAUACAUAGACGUGAUAUCUGACAAGUCCCCUGUUAAGGAGGAUGUAGCUCCUGCCAGGCAACCACCUCCAGUACCGAAAAGAUCGUUCCUCUCUCAGACCACAGAGACACAGGACUUAAAUGGUCAUGCUGAGACGUUAGACAUCAGAAAUACAGAUACCUCUUGGCAUAACGGGAACGAUGAGGAAACAGCGGACGGUCAAACAUCCAUCGAUGUUCUUCCCAAUGAGAGACGUCUCACAGAAGCAAAUCCCAAGCCUAAAUGUCCAACUCGGCCACCAGCUCCUGACCUCUUAAGGCUACAAAGAUUACGGCUUGCCAGGCUCGCCCACGCAGAAGCAGUACCAGCUGAAACAUGUAAUCAAUCACUGGAGACUCAAAACAUCCCUACAUACAUAGACGUGAUAUCUGACAAGUCCCCUGUUAAGGAGGAUGUAGCUCCUGCCAGGCAACCACCUCCAGUACCGAAAAGAUCGUUCCUCUCUCAGACCACAGAGACACAGGAUUUAAAUGGUCAUGCUGAGACGUUAGACAUCAGAAAUACAGAUACCUCUUGGCAUAACGGGAACGAUGAGGCAACAGUGGAUGGUGAAACAUACAUCGAUGUUCUUCCCAAUGAGAGACGUCUCACGAAUCAUGCCACACCUGUAAAUGCUGCUCCUCCUCGUCCUGUUGUUCCACCUCGCCUUUCACUGAUACGAUCAAGAAAACCCUUGCUCUGCCAGUCCCGCUCCUCUGAGCCUUUUCAACAUGUGUACGAAAGCAUUGAUGAAGUUCUGUCACAGGAUGAAGACGGCAGGAGAGGUUUACCCGCAGGCCUAGCAAGAAAAGGGUGUUUUACUACUUACCGCACAUGGAGUGAACGGUCUAGUGUGUAUGGAGACAGCAACGCAAGGGAGCUGGACAUCUUGUUAGAGUGGUGGAGAAGCAUAGGAGGGUUGGAGAACCUAUCAAUGGACUAUGACAAAGAGGAAACAAUAACAAAACCACUGAUCUCAGUGGCACAAAGGGUAAAAACGGCAAUGCGUCUGUAUGAGCUGCUUUUAGUUCAGCGUUGCACAGCCCUGCUGAACCAUAUCACUGAGCUCCACUGCACCGCAGACAAUCUUGUCAAAUCGAAUAAAAAGGCUCGUCUUGCCAAGCUCACAGGAGGCACGACGGGUGCGGUUGGUGGUGUUACUAUUGCAGCAGGCAUUGCUCUCGCCCCACUGACCUUAGGAGCCUCGUUGGUGGCAACCGGUGUCGGCAUCGGAAUUGUUGCUGCUGGAGGGGUGGCAGGAGCAUCAGCGACCUUUGGCAAAAAAGUGAAAGGGUCUCAGUUAAAGGACAAAGUGGAAAAAAUCAUAAACAACUACAAAUCCCAGAUCGAAGAUAUUCUAGCAUGCCUGAGGUUUAUUGAUAUAGGGAUGAAGCACCUCAGAAAGCAGGAUGACUCAAAGUUGAAGGAAAUGGGUGCUCAUUUGGAGAAAAUAGCCAGACUUGCUCAGGAAAUGGAAAACAUAAACUCCAUAGAUGCCAUUAAUGAGCAUUUUCACAUCCUGCAGGAUUUGGAUUCCUAUUUCAGUGAGGAGGACAAUCCAAGAACUAAGAAGGACUCUAAUAGCCAGCUUAUACAGAAAGUCCAGGAGGUGGCUGACAAAUUGAAAGAGUGCGUGGAUCAACUGAUACGGAUUAAAAACCUGUUUCUCUCAAUAGAUGAUAAUGUAUGA